UUGCGCUUAUUGACAAGCUUCUGCUUCGCUGUUAUGGGUGCUAGUAAACCGUGCACGGUCUUUCCAGAGGAACCUAAGUGUUAUGUGUGCGACAAAGUAUUUACCUUUUGCCAUAACAUGCUUCAGCACCUAAAAACGGUGCAUAAACUGAAGGGUCAGGGAACACGCCACAAUUGUUACCAGUGCAGCGACAGCUUCAGCGCUCCCUCUGAGCUGCUCCGGCAUGUCACCGAUAUCCACCACUUCCAGCUGGUUGUCGUCCAUCUGCGCUUUGAGUCCGAAGAUGCAUUCAGCACCUGGAAGCAAGAUGAAGAGGCCAAGUGGUGUUCAAAGUAUGUCUGCAAUACAGGUGCCAAGCCUCUUGUAGAUGGUAGCAUGCGGCAAUGCUUCGAGUGCCACCGCUCGGGAAAAAUGAAAGCCAGUAGAGGAAAAGGCGAGCGAAUGAUGAAAAGCCAAGGAAGCUGCAAGAGUGGAAAGAAGUGCUUUGCAACCAUGACUGUGACAACGCAAGGGAAAGCCAAGGAGGUCAUUUACCAGAAGCAGCACUGCAGGCAUGGACAUUGGACACCUAAUGCUGACAGAUAAUGAAAGGGCAGAAAUUGCUGGUAAGGUUUCUAAUAUUCGAUUCAGGUGGAGCUGCACCAAAUUAAACUAUGGUUUGGUAGCUCUAAUUUAAGUUGUAAACAAAUAAAAAAAAAAUAUAAAAGCAAAGUAUGCUCAGUUAAUUUUUUUAAAAUUCGGUUUUGACCGAAAUUGUCAGUUUUAAGACAGCGAGGUAUGGCUAGCAAGGUAGUAGGUUGCUAGGGUGAAUUCAUUAUUGUCUAAGCCCACAAAAUUUGCAUACUGAGUGCUAAGCUUAUCUUUGGGAUUGCCCUUUAUUGUGUUGGCAGAGUGUUCCAGCAAUCAAAAGCUUUUCUGAUUAAAUUAAUGUCUGGGCUGGU